UUUCUUUUUGUUGCCGCCUCUCUUCCCUCUGUGUGUGAGUGUUGAGUGUGCAAGGGGGAGGGUUGCAGAUCGGAGAGAAAGAGCUGGGAGCAGACCCGGGGAUCAGUCGCUGUGCCGCAGGAUGGAGCGAGACUCCAUCUAAACCGCCCAAAGCACGUAGAGUCCAGUUGAAGCGGGACUAUCCACCACUCCAAAUGUCCCCUAAACACGGGCAAAUGCAGAGGAAGCGCUAGAUAUGGGUAAACUUCACUCCAAGCAUGCCGCCGUGUGUAAAGCCAGAGAAAGCCCUGAAGGUGACAGCUUUGUGGUGAAUGCCUGCCUGAGUCGCAAGGGGCUGGAAGAGUGGAUCGUCAAACAGAAGAACGUCCCUGGACAUCCGCAGGGUUUCCAGCGAGCGGACUGCAGGCUCUCCACCACGGGGUCGACCGGUGAAUUUAGCAGAGAAGGAUACAGUGAAGAACUUUAUCCUUUAGAAGUUGCCCUGCCUCCAGAGACUACGGAUGGCUUCGUCAGUGCAAAUGAGAAGAAGAUGGAAAAGGGGGCUGGACAGACUGGCAUGAAGAAACAAUUGAAAUUUGAAGAGUUGGAAUGUGAUGUAUCCGUAGAAGAUGACAACAGGCAAGAGUGGACAUUCACUCUGUAUGACUUUGAUAACAAUGGGAAAGUCACCCGUGAGGAUAUCACUAGUCUUCUGCAUACAAUCUAUGAAGUAGUAGAUGCGUCUGUGAACCACUCUGCAAGUAGCAGUAAAACACUACGGGUGAAGCUGACUGUGACGCCUGAUGCAAACCGGAAGAAGAAAGGCAAUCAAGCAUGCCAGGCCGAUGUUAGCAGCCCAUGGCAAAAAGCUGAUAAUAAAUGUGUGGAGGAAUCAAAGAAUACAGAGAAGAAACCUCGCACACCUCUCAGACGUCACAAUAGUGACCAGCAUCCUCAGCAGGAUAGCUGCCAUCAACACUGUGUUGAUGAAAACACGGAAAGGAGAAACCACUAUCUCGACUUGGCAGGGAUAGAAAACUACACCUCAAAGUUUGGACCAGGGUCACCUCCUGUGGCUUCUAGAAAAGAAAAUCCUGUGAAGAUUUCUCAUCAAACCAGAUCUCGCUCCCAUGAACCUGAAGUCAUGUACAGUCACCAUAGGAGGUCUCAAACCAUUGAUCCAGGAUACAGUCAUCUUAGCCAUUCUUCGUACAACAGGAUGAUGGAAUUACAGCAAAGACUACGCAAUCAGGACAUCGGCAAGCACUUAGUUAAAUCUCCCAAAACUCUGGGCAAAGAUAUGGUGGUCUCAGGAGCAGCUGGGAAGGUUGGAAAGAACAAGACCCUGCAGAGCCCUUAUAUGCCAAUGACCUCUACCCCUGUGGCGACAGGCACAAAUAUUCCAUGUCUGCCCAUGCAACUCAGUCAGCAGCAUCAAUACAGCCAUAAAAAACACAAGCAGAGGUCUAAAGAUAGCCACCAAGUGUAUAAGGCCUUCCAGUCUUCUUCUAGAGUGAUAGAACAGGAACACGUGAGGGAUUUGCCAUCGUUCCUGCUGUAUGAAGGGCACGUUGGUCGAUUUGUUCAGAGACAUGAACACCAUCACCAUCAUGAACAUCAUCACCACUACCAUCAUUUCUACCAGACAUGAGCAGAGCACAGCACGGUAUUCGACAGGAACUUAAAACCAUAGCAUCCAAUUUGAAGAGGAGUUUUAUGACUGGAGUUUGUGACCACUGAUCUAUACAGUAUUGUUAAUGUUAAUUAUAAAAUGAGCAGUGAAAGCUAAUGACAUGAAGUGAAACUAAAAGACUUCUGAACAGCUGGCUACCUCUAGUUUUAAUUCAGAUUUUAUUUUCUUUAACCUAUUAAUUGAGUCAUGAGGGGUUUUAAUGUUCUGAAUACAUGUAACUUUUUCAUGUUGUCCAGACUUUCUGUGAUAUAUUUUCUGUAUUAAGAUUCACAUUAACCACACUUGCCAACUCUUCAGUUAAUAUAGGUCUAUACUGUAAAUGUUUCUUUCUUGGCUCAAAUUUGUUGUUGCAGCCUUUUGAGAGGAAGCCUGAAGAAGGAGAGCACUGUUAGGUGUUCUGAGAAAUUGGUUCCAUUAUUGAUGCAACUUUUCUUAGUUUAUCUAGUUGCUUACAUUCAGUGAUUUCUGAAAUAUUAUUGAUUGAAUGUUUUUCAGCUGAGCUUUUGGAAUACCCAAAACAAAGGUGUAUCUCCCAGAUUAACUUUAUUUUAUCUGUAUAUUUGCAUUGAGUGAAUUGAAUAGCCAGUACUGUGGAUGUAAUUUCCAAACUUCCUCUGCCAGUGUGUUUACUUUGGUGCAGAUCAGAGGUUUACCAUCAAAUUCUGCGUGGUGUAAUUUAUGUGUUUGACUUUGCGCAACGUGCGAAGUGUAAGAGGUGCGUACAUAUGCAGUAAAUUCCAAUAUCGUUCACAAACUCUGUCAGUCUGCUGCCAUCAAAUAGAAAAGCUUUAGAUAACUAUAGUGGUAAACCCUGUAUGAUGUGACUGAGUUACACAGAAGGUCGGACACCCUUUAUACAUUUCAGAGAAGUUGCAAGUAUAUACUCUAUCUCAGGUGCAUUUUCUCUUAAAACUGUGGUUUGAAUAUAUAUUUUUUGGAAACACUUGUCUGUCAGUGAUGGUAGACUUCUUUGUGAAGGCCGGGACAUAAUAUAGUGUAUCCAUUACGAGUUUUGAAGUUGUGUCUCUGAAAGUUAUUGAAAUAGCAUUGGAGUUGAUCAGGGGAAGAUAUCUUACCCACUGUGGUGACAUGCUGGAUUCUGUCAGGAGUCGGAUGUGAUGAGUCUGUUGCACAAAUGGAAGGAGGUCUGGAGCAAAAAAGAUAUCCUGGUUAUUCUAUGGUUGGUGCUUUGAGCUCUACUACAAAGAAAUUCUAAAUCACUACAUGCUGCUGCUAAUGAUUAAGUGUCCAGCCCUAUUCACUCAGCAAUAAAUGUGUCAUUUCAAAUGAUAAUUUUUAGUCUAGGAAUAGGAUAGUAAUAAGCUUUGGUUGUUACCAGACAGGAAAUGUAAGAGAAAAAUCAGAUUUGGUCUUUUAUUUCAGUGAAAGUUCAGUUGAUCUUACUCAUGGUUUUGCAUUUAAAAUUUAAAAUUGUCAUGUAUCUAACUAUAAUGAGAAGCAAAUUGUAAAAUCUAUUGCAUUAAUUAAUAUAAUCAAAGUUCUUUGCUUUUAAGUUGUGUAAUAAACUUUUUCUCCUGGAAGUUGGUGAUAUAUUUCUAUUGAUUAUUUAACAUGGAGGGCUGGCUUUGUUGCCAACAGUUCAGACAAUAAUUGUAUACCGAUGAACACAUAUUGAAGUGUAUGUCUCGCCCAAAGUUUCAAAGUUAUCAAGAGGUACAUUGCUGUGUGAAUUGGACUUUAUUUCACAUCUGUGAAAACAUAUAGGCAUAAAAGACAAAUGCCUUGAACAAUUGUAUCAUUGCUCAUGGACCAUAGAAGAACAUGUUUAAGAUUGUAUUGUUUUAUUUACAACAUCAAUCUUGAAGAAAACGUUAUAAAUGCUUUUUCAGAUUCUUUUCAGAUUUAUGAAGAAAUUAGAAGCCACAAAACUUGUUUCAUUUAUUCGGACUUAGGCAGAGUUGAACCUUGUUAGGUAUGUUAAGAGUGCUGCUUGUUUAGCAGUCCUUCCCUUCUAAGUAUACUUUGUAUUUAUGGAAUAUAUAUUGGACUGAAAAAUCACACGUCUGCUAAGCAUAUUGGCUUUUUGUGUCCUAGUGUUUUAAUUAUUAGUAACCCUGUGUUAUCAAAGUUUAAUGCAAUCAUGACUCCAUCAUUAAUAUAUCUUACACAUUUGUGUACAUUCCCAAUGUAUAAUGUUUUCUGACAGCCAUGUAUAAGAACAGUAUUUAAAUUUAAAUCUGUAUUGAGUACAUAUUGUACCACUCAGUUGUAAAUCUACUUGUGUGACACAGUUCAUAAUGUUCCAUUCUGAAAGCACGUUUUUGCAGUAUCCUUAAUUGAAUAUAUCUUCCAGUAUUUUGUAUAGUAUAUAUGGAUGGUUUUGACUAAAUGCUUUAUUUAUUUAAUAGUAAAACUGUGCCAACAGAAACCCCUUUUCAUUAAAGAUAAACUAGUUAAUUAUA